AUGAGAAGCAGCUUGGGGAGCUUAAAGAACGUGCUGGCUGAUGCAGCCAUUAAAGGAGUUACUGAGGCCAGGGCCAGGAUUUUCGGUCACGUGCUGAACCCCACCGGGCAAAGGUCCCCUCACAAGAUACUGCGCAAGAAGUUGAUUGGGGACAAGGUGGCCGCCUGGUAUCCAUAUGACAUAAAGCACGACGAUCCACUCGUCAUGGCCCGUGAAGAGCAAGAGCGGCUGAACAAACUUGAGAUGCUCAAGCGUCGUGGUAAGGGGCCACCUAAGAAAGGACAGGGAAAACGUGCUAAAAAGAGCGGCAGAGGGUAA